CUACUAAAGUCUUUUGAGUCAUUGUUAUCAGUGGCAGUCCAAUAGGCUUGGCUUUUAAAAUCCACGUGUGCAGCUUUAAUACAGCUCCCUCCCAUGCUGCCGUGCACAUUUCAUUUCCGACUCCCGCGUAGUUUUCCUGAAACUUUACACCGAGGCUGAUAAAUAAAGCAUGCCUCGUGCAGCGCCGGGUGAUCACCGUGGCCUUUUCAGCAGGAGAAGUGGUGAAAGGCGACAUAAUCUGCCCAGAACAAGAUCUGGACUGAGAUUGAAAAGAGCACAGAACCGAGAAAGACGCUCGACAGACAAAAGGUGCAAAGAUGUUAAAUCCGCAGCCGCACCGGGACAUCCCGCCGGUGUUUGGAAAGCCCUGGUACUGGCAGCGCAGCAGCGGCGUCAUGGAGAGCACGCGCAGCCUGGCGCACGUCGUUAUGGAAAUGCGCGAGGAAAUCAAGAAGCUGGAGACCGAAAACCGGGAACUGCGCGGGGACUUCAGCCAGCGGUCACACUGGGCUAAAGUGGCCCAUGCGAGCCUCACGUCCACGGCUGUGGUGGAGGAAAACCCCUAUCUCAAUCUGAGGAGGAACGCGUCUGCACCGGUUUUGGAAGGACCGUACAAAGAGAACAGCGUGAUGACUGUGCGGAGGUAUUCCAUGGGCGCUGCCCUGCCCUCUGUGUCUAUGAGAGAAGGCAUAGUGGACCGGAUCAGGAGAACUGACUCUGGAUGGGGGAGACUUCAAGAGGAGAUCCAUGGAGGCAGUAUUUUUGGAAGUCCAACCAGAGUGGAUGUGGGAAAAGCCAAUAACAGGCACUCUUUGCAGGAUUAUGUCCAUAAGAACAGGGCCAAAGUAAAGACAGUCAGUUUCCUUUUGCCUGUAGAUGAUAUUUACACCAACAGACCAGUUUUGCCAAAGCACCAAGAGGAGUCCACGACAAAUGAAUCAGAAUCCAUCACUCAACAGACUCUUGAAGAUUGUGGCAAUCUUGGGUCAUAGCCAGGGCAACAAAAGGUGCACAUUUGGCUGUCCUUUAGGUCAGUGUUUUGGGCCCCUGCAGAGGGAGCCAGGGGAGCUAUUUUAUCACACCUGACCACACAAACAGAAGACUCUGGUUACAGGUGUUGUUUUCAUCUGGAGCUUUAGUGGCUAGGUCAGCAGUGCUGAGACAGAUGGAGGAUCACAUAUCCAGACUCACUCAAAACCUGGGCACACACAUCUGAUGGCCCCUUUACGCACCCAAGUGUUGUGUAACCUUACUGCCAUUAUGUUUUCCACGUAAGAUAGACUACUUGGAUAAGAGGGACAUCAGAUGCUUAUUUUGGAAGCUGCUGUGUUUUGAAAAAGAAAUUAUUUUUCUAUCCACAUUACAAAAUGUAUAAUGUAUAACUGCAUGUGCUGUAUAUAAACACUGAACAGUAUUUUUUAUCUUUAUCUUUAUUACUCAGAUUGGUGUCGUUUU